UAACAACGAAAGCUGGCCGCAUUUCGUCUUCCCCCUCCGCAACUCCGCCCCUGCGAUUCCCUGCCCAGUUCAGCUGGCCUAUCUCAUUAAUACAACAUUUCGCUGCUGGUUUCUACUGUCCAGUGAUUUUACUCGAUCCACUACUGAAGCCGAAUGGGACGGCGUAUUGUCUGGCGAGAUGAUGGUGGUCCUAGAAAUACUUUGGAAUGGGCACCACCGCUUAUGGUAGUAGCCGUUGUGACAUUAUUCGCAUCGACUUUGGAUCUAAUGGCAGAUUUCCUUGUUUGUAGUAGGAUCGCUGAAUUUCUGGGCAACUUCCAUAGCAAGAUAGCCAUCGAGGCCGCCUAUGGCUACUUCUUUUUCACCGGCGUUUCCAUAUUCGUGUAUAUCUUCGAAAUGGUAGAUGUCUGUCAAACACUGAAGUAUGAGGAGGAGAAUGUCUUCUUCGCACGAUUAGCAAAGAGUCUCGUUUUGGCGCUUGAAGAGGUGCCUUUGCCUUCGCUGAUGAACGUGCUCUUCACCCAUGAACCGCGACUUUCUCUCGCUGGUCCAGUGUUCUUCUCUUCGUGCAUAAAGCUCGUCGCUCUAUGCUGGGGUUUGGUGAAGUUCACGAAGCUGCGCUUUUUUUGGCCGUGUCUUCCGCUUAACCCGAAGCACGAUACACGAGAGAAUGUUCGGCGAUGCUUUACGCUGAAUCUCUAUCGCUGCACGAUGAUCGUCGUGAACAUCUGCCACAUAUUAGCUAUAUACAUCGUCAUAUCAAACAUAAUAGCGAGUAGGAACGGUGGACGCCCAAUCGUCGUCAAGGAUGAGCCAGCUUAAAAUUUCUUCAGUAUGAUAUUGUAAAGUGUUCCAGUUGCGAAAUUGUUGUCAACGAAUACUUGCUGUAGGUUGAAUUAUUUAGCUUAUAUUAAGUCUGGAUGGGUAAUAUCAUGUACAGGUAAUGUAUGUAUUUUAUCUGAUCAAACAUUUCGUUUUGCUGGACCUCGGUUAAACCAUUGCUGUCCAGUCUUAUCUUUCUGCUGAUGUAGGGAGCUCUGAAAAUUGACAUAUGAUGCUUAGGGAUUACCUUAGAGGAAGAGGAAGAACGAAGUUUGCGUGUGCAUGGCUUCUUAAAAAUUGCGAUUUUUUAAGCUGUCGUGUGUUAUCAGAAAUUGAGGCUACUAUUAAGUAUUAGGCUUUGGAAUUUGAAAUAAAAGGACAUAAUGAAAAGAUUUACUGCAA